UAAUUGAAUAUGGGAGUGAAUUGAACAUCAUCGACGUUCGUCAAAGAAAAACAUCAUAGCAACACAAAGGUUGUAAUUGACUUAGAAAAGAACGUGGACAUCCGAUCAGUUCUACGACACCCCUCAAUAAGGCACCAGAACUUGGCUGAGCUGAGACUAACUAAUUUAAAACUCAACUUUAUGGAAUAUAUCAUCCAUGUUGGAAAUAACCAACUUCUUCAGAGCUGACUCAAGCAUAGAUCAGAUCCUCAGAUUUCAGAGGUUUUUGAUAGAGUCUAUGAUUACCAUAAGUUAUGUGAGACUGCUCUCCGUUGUGUUAACAAAGAAGCCUUAGAGAUGCUGAUAAGUUAUCAUGAGAAUUAUGACCUGAGAGUGAAGAAUACUGAAGGAAUUGCUCCUAUUGAGGUUGCUAUGUCUGAUACAGAUAAGGAUAAGCUUAGAGCGGUCACAGCUGAGAUGGGUUCGGCCAAAGGUUCUCUGUAUAAGACUAGAUCUGGAUCGAAGUCUGACAAAAGUCAAGUUAAUAAGAAUAGUGAGGCAGGCUGGGAGAAUGCUAAGAUAAAACCAGAACCUACCCUUUCAUUAAAGGAUAAAGUCGCACCAACUCCAAAUGAAGAUGGUUCUUUUGAAUCAGAUGGUGAAGAAUCAAAAAUUCAUCAUCACCUUUCAAAGAACAAAGAGGAUACCCCUCAUAGCCAUUCUUCAUCUUUGAGGAAUCUGGAUGAGGAAGAUAGAAAAUCAGAGUUUAUGGCACCAAAGAAAAACAAUUACGUUGAUAAUCAAGACCUUGAAGAAGGAACCAGUAAGAACUUGAUACUUGUAGAAGAGAAUGGAGAAGAUAUUACCAUUGGUCAUGAUGAUGCCCCUUUUGCUAGUUUGUCCAUGGAUGAUGAUGGCAUUUAAGAUUAAUUUAUGAAAUUUCAAUUUGUA